UCGUGGGACGUGAUCACAAAAAAAGACGUUUACCAAUCAGAUUUAAGUCUUUUUUUUUAAUAUUUAUGUCCUAAAGGCGUUUUUUCUAUAAAUACGCUGGCGAUUUCACUGGGAUUUCCGCGCAUAAUUAAAUAAUUGAAGGAAAACUAAAUAAGGUUUAGAAACGUGGUCGUGUUAACCAAUUUAGUGACCUUAUUAGUGCGCCCUCUAGCCUCAUUGAAUCAUUUUGCCGUACUUAAGGGAAAACGAAGGUUGGCCGAUGCAAAAACCCCGUUCACUGAGUGUCUCUGUGAGUAUACAUUAAAGUAUACCAAAUACAAGCACUGUGAGUGAGUUAGUGUACUCUGGAAAUUUGUUUUUGACAUAAGUGUUUCUAAGUGAGGAGAUUUGAAGCCUUACGUUAACUCUUGGGGCACUUUAAAGACACUCGGCGACAUACUGAAGCGUCGAUUAGAAAUGGUUUUAGCGGAGAAGAAUGAAAAUCCACGAAAUGGCCGUAGGAGUCAGGGGCCGAGUCCGAAUGGGCACGUACAACCUGACUCGACCAGCGAGGACGAGAGCACUGUUCCAGUUGACAAAAUCCGAGUUGGAAGAGAUUAUCAAGCAACAUGUCCGGAAUUGCAACCAGAGGAGCAGAGAAAACCUGAAUUAUUAGCAGACAGAGCACUUUUAGUUUGGUCACCGACAGAGGCUAUUCCAGAUUCAAAACUGGAAGAUUAUAUAAUCCUGGCUAAGGACAAGUAUGGCUACAAUGGAGAACAAGCAUUAGGCAUGCUCUUCUGGCACAAACAUGACUUAGAUAGGGCAGUUUUGGAUCUGGCAAACUUCACACCGUUUCCCGAUGAGUGGUCUGUGGAAGAUAAGGUCCUAUUUGAGCAGGCUUUCCAGUUUCAUGGCAAAAGCUUUCACAGAAUAAGGCAAAUGUUACCAGAUAAAAGUAUUGCUAGCCUCGUAAAGUAUUAUUACAGUUGGAAAAAAACGAGAUCUCGCACCAGUUUAAUGGAUAAACAAGCGAAAAAACUGAACGCUCCCAAAGAAGAUGGAGAGGAAGGUGUCGAUCAUGCUUCUAACGAAGAAUCCGAUCACGACGACAAUAAGGGUGAACGUGGUUCCUGUUCAAAUUGUGGUGUAAUUUGUUCCAUUGCCCAUCGAAGCCCCAAGGGGCAAGUGUGUAACAGCUGCUACCAGCACUGGAGACGUACCGGCUCGAACCGGCCGACUUCCGGUCCGGCGAUGGGCAAACGUGGUCCGGGAAGGGCGAAGGGAAAACCUCCGAAAGGGAUGCACAUCAAUUACGACGAUUUGGCCACAAUGGCGUCCGGAAACGCCGGAACAUUGCUGCUGAAGCAGAUGGAACGCGAACUGGAUUCCUUACAGAGACAAAUUCAACAAAACAAACAGACCAUCAGCUCUCUUAAACGCAAACACUCCGACACGAUAGACGACUUAAGACCUCCAGAAGAAAAACAGAGAAAUAAUCCCCGUUGGACUAACGAUGAAUUGAUGUUAGCUAUACAGGGCUUCCGUAAAUAUGGUAAAGACUUCAAAGCCAUUGCAGAAAUGUUGGGCAACAAGACCGAACAUUACGUGCGCACCUUCUUCAUUAACAAUCGCAAGAGAUACAAUUUAGAUCACAUUAUUAAGGAAUGGGAAAGAGAAAACGGCACAAGUAACGAGGAUAUGACCGAAGCAAACGGCGAUGAUCACGACGAGGUCAUCUGUUUGUCACCGAGUCCACCGAGCAAAAAAGAAACGCUGAAAAACGGCGGAAAAGUAGCGUCUCAAAUCGGCGCAAAAUGAUUCCAAAUCUUUCGAUUUUUUCCAUAAGAAUGUAAUAUAUUACCAUUUUGUAUGUCUCGCGAAUCAAAUAGGGAUGUCGUGUACAAUAUCGGUCUUAGUUUCGAUUUUUUUUUGUUCCCAAAUCGGAAAUGUGGGAAAGUUUAUAUAGCCAUUUUUACAAAAUAUAAAUGGAAGUUACAUAACACCCCCUAUUAGUCUUUAAGGUAGAAACGUCUUUUUUUUUUGUUGUUUUUAGUUGACUAGCAUUUUUUUAUUAUUCUAUUUUUUAAUGCAAACUUUUUUUAUUUAAUCUAAAUAAAUUAUAUUAGUGUUAAGUAUUCCCUAGACUAGUAUAAUAUGGAUAGAUUUUUUUUAAGUACAAUUUAUGUACCCAUGUAAAUAGAUACAGUUCAUUAUCUGUUGUAACAAGUUAUGUUGCAAUAAUUAAGCUCUUUCUCCAAAUUGGGUAUUUUGCUUUUAAUAAUAUUUAUUAUAUUUUUUAUUAAUUAAUUCAGUAUCUACGGUUAAUUGUAAAAUACAUGGAAUUACUAUUAAACUUUAAUGCAAGGCUGAUUUUUUUCAUCGUAGUCACUUUUAGGCCACAUAAACGGAAAAUUAUAGUGCAAAAAAACAACUUUAGUGCAAUGCGGUUUAACACCCGCACUUUUAAUGUUUUAAGGUUACUUAAUUCAAGUCUCUUUAGAUUGCAUUGACUUAAAUUAUUUUAAAUAAUGACUAUUCCGUUUAUGGAGCCUAAUAUUGUUUUUCAAUUGAAAUUUAGAAAUUAUACUUAGUGUAUUAGAAAUUCGCACAUUUAAGAGCUGCACUUCGUUUUGUUCAUUAUGAAGUUGUGAAUAUUACAAAGUUUGGUCUGUAGCUUUAAAAUAUGAUCAACACAUGAUUUAUAAUUUUCGAUACCUACAAAUCAAUCAGGGAUGAUUAUCUUAUAAGUGAUUUAGUCCCAUUUAUUUUUUACUUCCUACUGUAACUUAUGGUUACUUGUUCAAUUAUAUUACAAUAUUGAGUUUCUGGCUGUUAAUGAACCUCGAAAACGGUUCUUUAAAUGGCACACAAUUUUUUUUUUAUUUUUUUUUAUCAUUUAUUAAUAUGUAAGUUAUAAUACAAAGUCAGUUCCGUGUCUACCUUUGUAUUAUUCUUUGUAAAGUGAAGUAAAGAACUUAUAAUA